CGAGUGGAAUCAUGUUUUCUUUUGUGGGGGAAAUAUUAGCUAUAUAUACUCUACCUAAAAUAACGUACAAUGGUAUAUCCGUGUUUUCUACCUGCUCUGUCAUUCUCACCAAUUUCUUGUCGAGUAUACACCUGAGUUGCAUUAUUCUGCUUCAUUGCCAUACCUUUACUUUCAUAACACAUCGCAAUUUCGAAACCAGGUAAUUCUAGAAAGUCAUCAUGAAGACCACCUCAGAACUCCUCUUGGCCAUUUUGGCCUCUGCUGCACAUGCUGUUCCAUUCAGUCAUGUAACACCAACAGCCGUUGAUUCAAGAGCCGAAGUACGUGCCGCAGCAGCCGCUUCACCCACAGUUUACAUGUGUGGAGAUUCCACCAUGGCACUCGGAGGCGGCGGAACUGGAACUCAAGGUCUGUUAAAAUCGCAAAAUAUCAUCCAUGAAUAUCUGUAGCUAACAUAUACAGGCUGGGGUGUAUACCUCCCAUACUCUCUCAAAAUCCCCGUCGUCAACGAUGCCAAAGCCGGCCGUUCAGCCCGUUCUUACACCAAUGAAAACCGCUUUGGUGAAGUCAUUGCCACCAUCAAAUCUGGCGAUAUCGUCAUCAUUGAAUUCGGACACAAUGACGGAGGAUCCCUCACCCCAACCGACAACGGCCGUUCCGAUUGUGUAGGAGCCGGUAACGAAACCUGCACCACAGCCGCCGGAGUAAUUGUACAAACCUACCCCACCUAUCUCACCAACGCGACCGAACUCAUGGUCGCCAAAGGAGCCCACGUCAUCAUAUCCUCCCCUACCCCCGACAACACAUGCGAGACUGGCACAUGUUCAUACACCUCACCCCGAUUCACCGGAUACGGCGAAGAAGUAGUGAAGACCGUGGGAAGCAAGUCUAGCUUCAUCGAUCACGGUACUUAUCUCGCAAACCAGUAUGCGGUUCUUGGUGCUAGUGUUGUUAAUACUUAUUACCCAAAUGACCACACUCAUACUUCUCCCGUUGCGGCGAAUCUUGUCGCAGGAGUCUUUGUUAAGGGCGUCUUGUGCGCCGGUUCUUCUAAUCCUUUAUAUUCUCAUAUUAAGAAUAGCACUGCUAGUGUUGUUGGUACCUGUAUUUAAUAUAUAUAGAGUGCUCGAGCGUGGUUUGGAGACAUGCAUAUGGGUACUGGAGAGGACAUAUUUAUUUGUAUUAUUUUUUUCUGUAUAUAUUUAGCUGAAUGAACGGGAGUACCAGAGUACUGUCAAUAAUACACAAUACCAUUAAUA